UGGCUCUUCAACUUGGGAGAUUCCAUUUCUAAUCACGGCUACGGCUUUGACCUAGGUAACCAGUCGAACAACGCCGAGGUCGUGGGUGUCUUCGACAGCCUGAGGGGGUACAAGAACGACUACACAGACCUCUACGAAGCCUUCUAUGAGCUAAACGUGUUUAGCACUCGACUGACCCUCAUUGCUGGUGACGGUCAUCUGGUCUGGCUAUCAGAUCUCAACUACUUUAACUACUACUACAGCCCGUACUACUUCGCGUUAAACGGACAGGCGGAUGAAAAAGGACCCGUGAACUAUGACCUUUACCUGGGCAUCAACCGGGUCAUAAGCAGCGAGUACCCCUAUAACGUGGGACGAGGUCUGUGUAAGGUCGGCAUCAAAUUCCUGCCACAAAUCUGACAGUCGACAAAUUAAGGUAUCUCAAUACUUACCUGAACACGAACCCGAUUGUACACAUUACCUGUUUGU